GCUGCCGGCCAGCCGACGGCGCAGGGAGCCGAGCGUCCUCGGUCGGCGGUCCCUGCCGCGGCGCGCAUGGACUUGAAUAGCAUCGUGGAGCGUACCCUCAGGCUUGGUUUGCAAACGGCAGAGAAAUCCGAGGCGACCGCUUGUGCUACCAAUGUUGUGUUUUUGGUCAAGAAGCCUCCCAAGCAGAAGGACUUGAAGGCUCACUUGGACAAAUGGUCGGAUAAUCUUCCAGUUUACGAGCAGGGCAAGGCCCGGGAGCAGCAUCCAUUGGGUGAGAAGCGUGUGUGGCUCUUCGCCGGUGUCGUCACCAAGUUGAAAACGGACUUGGCGCAGGAGCCGGAGCAUGUACAGCAGGCGGUGGCUACCUUGGAGUCUAUUUCUGUACCACAGCUAGAGCGGUGGGUUGCCAGCAUGAAACCACGGUACGCUGAGCCCAAGGAUGGUAGGUCUUGGGUGCUUGAGCUUGCAGUGGGCAGCCUGUGCAGUGCGGAGUUUCGUAAGGCCUUGGACGAUCUUUGUUCUGUCGACAGCGAUGAGUGGAAAAUUGCUCCGCACAGGUGGGGGCAGACUGGAUUGCACAAGGCGGCGUGGGAUGACCUGAAGAUGCUUUCUGCUGCUAAUCGCCAGUGA